UAAGAACAUAACCUAAACAUCAAUGAAGUGUUUACGCUGGUUGGGAGUCGUUCCUACCAUUCAGUAAUAAAUGCGUUUCCUCACGCCUAUUGAGCGAGCGUAGUUUUAUCAAUGCAUUUUCGACCGUUCGUCGAAACGAAAUGAAAUCAGUUCACGCGAAUCCACCAGAAAAGAUAUGUCGUUUGUGCUUAUCUGACUCUGGGGUUAUACUCCCAAUAUUUGAGGGAGAAGUUUCAGAGAGGUUUUCAGUGCCGCUACCACAGAAAAUUUUGUCCUGUCUGGCAAUUAAGGUGUGUGCUGACGAUCCUCUUCCUCCUCACAUAUGUCAUCGAUGCUUAUACGAAGUGGACCGAUUUCAUGAGUUCAGGGAAACUUGUAAGCGGACUAAUACUACCUUCAACAAAAUUUGCAAUAACUCCAGCGAGAGUGUGCCAUUUGAUGUGAAUCAGGUAUUGGAAAUAAAACAGGAAUUGCAUGAUGAAUCAGUUUAUCAUGAUGCCAUCAGCGAACUACUGUCUGAUGACGAAGGACCUGACACGGGAUCUUCUCGAAUAAGGAAAAGGAACCGGUGUCUGUCUUUGCUGGAGUCAGUAAAACGUGUCCAGCAAGCUCAGUCUGCAGUAGCAGCAAAUUCCUCUCACACUGAUUGGAUUGAGCAAGCUAAAACCACCACUCCUAGUAACACUACAUCAGGCUCUUCUCAUAUCACUCCUCAGCUUGAAUGCAGAUUUUGUGCAAAGCCAUUCAUUUAUGAGAACACCCUCCUGGAGCACGAGGAGCUUCAUGCCAAGGGUGUUGUCGGAGAGGAGGACAGUGGUGAGCCCUUCGAGCAUGAGGUGCUAGGUCCGGUUCCUAGUCCGUCUCCUACUCCUGUCAUUACUUCUGCUCCAUCGUCCACACCAGUGGCAGCGCCAGCGCCAGCGCCAACAGUUCCCGGCACUCUCACUGUGCACGCCUCUUCAUCCGGUCCAGUCCCGAACCUGGUUCACGACGCCACUCCAGACACAACACCUUCUGCCUCUUCAGCAUCCCACCCCACUGCUAUUACUGUCUCAAACCUCACUCCUGCUCAAAGCACUGACGCCGCUCCAGCGCCAGAGCCAGUCCUUGCUUCUGAACAGGUCAUACAAACAAUGGAGACGCACUCUUCUACGCAAGAACCACAACAUCAGGUGCAACAGCAUUCAGUGUUGGACCAAAGCCAAGAAACAGUGGACCAUAGUGUGAGUCAUAAUUCAGUUGAGACAGUUAGCCUGACUGAUGUGACAGCUAUGUUGCUAGAAGGAGCUUUUGAAGGAGUCAGACCCAUGAGUAAUCAGACAACAAAUCUGUGCAAGUACUGUCAAGAACAUUUUAGCAAUCAUGAUCUCUUGAAGAGGCAUGAACGCCUGUACUGUAACCACAAGCCUUCUCUAUUAAAACUCAAGCAGUCAAUGCAGCAGCCACAGCUUCAGCAGAUCCAACAUCAACAACUUCAGCAACCUCAGCCCAUCCCACAGCACUCCCAGAGCACACAGCAAUCGAUUGUAGAAGCGCAACUUGUUCCUGAAACACACCAAUUAGUUGUCCAUCAGCCACAAGAGAUGCAAAUGGAGCAGGUUCAGCAGUCCCAGCAUGCAGAUCAGCAAAAUAUCUUUAGCCAAAAAGUAGUUGUGGAAACAACUGCGAUGGAGUCUACCAGAGCCUGUAAACAUUGUCGAAAAGACUUUGUCCAUCGUGGUAGCCUUUGGCGGCACCAAAUGUUUUGUGAUGCCAAUCCUGAAUGCGACUUGAACCGCAUUGUGGCUGGAAGUAAAAAGAAGCCAGUAGCAGCUAAGAAUUUUGGUUUAAGAAAUGACCCUCAACAGCAAAUGUCUCAGGAAAAGAUACACACAUCUACCUCUGUCUCAGCAUUGCGACGGGGAGGCAUACAAACUACUUCAGGACCAUUUAAAUGCAAAUUCUGUGAAAAACGUUUCUUACACCGUGGCAGCUGGUGGAGACAUCAAAAAAUGUUUUGUUCUGUCAAUCCUGAAAUACCCACAGUAAAAGCUGAAACCAAAGUUCGAAACUUGCAAAGUGCACCAAAUUUUGCCUGCAGGUACUGUGAAAGAACGUUUCUUCACCGUGGUAGUUGUUGGCAUCAUGAACAGACUCAUACAGGAAUAAGGGAGCAUGCUUGCCGAUAUUGUUCAAAAACGUUCAAUGAAAAGUCCCGGUUAGCACGCCAUGAACGCAUGCAUCUUGGAAUUAAACCUUUCUCUUGUAGACAAUGUGGCAAAGCUUUCUGUGAUGCAUCUAAUUUAAGGAAUCAUGAACAAAUUCAUGGAGAACGUGCUGCCUUCUUGUGUGCAUGGUGUGGAAAAUCAUAUACACGGAGGGCUCUUCUUUUAAAACAUGAGCAAGUUCAUGCAGGAGAUGGAGAAGUGUUUUCGUGUUCAUCUUGUCCAAGAACUUUCCCAGAUCUAGACCUUCUCAAUGACCACCAUGUUUUGUGUCAUGCUCAAGAAAAGAAGAGGUUUCAUCUUUGUCAAACAUGUGGCCAGACUUUUCGCACACAAAGUCUGCUUGCGCAACACACGCAGCAACAACAUCCUCAGCAACACCCCCAACCCCAGCAAGUGCAGCAGCUCAUUCAAGAAUCUCUGCAACAAUCCCAUCAGACACAGGAGCAAGCUUUGCAUACCUGUAACUUAUGUAGUAAAGCCUUUUCAGAUGCAUCUUCCCUUCAACAUCAUGAGCUGCUGCACAAUGCUGUACCAAGGCAAUACAGAUGUCAUCAUUCAGCGUGUAGUGCUGUUUUCCACCAACGGUCACAGCUUGAUAGUCAUUUGUUGCUGCAUGAAGGGGAGAAAGCCAACCCCAUGCCAUCCUCUGACUCUUCAAGUUCAGGUUUUCAUCCUCAUAGACCACAGGCCCACCCUCAUGCUCAGCAGCUUUUGUCAACACAUGAUAUGCACCACCCACAAAGCUUGCACCAUGAGCUGCAUCGAGAAGGAUCGUAUGUCAUCGAGGAACAAAACUUGACUGGGCAAACUAUUUCAGUUCAUCACCUUGUGAGUCAAUUACCUCAGUAAUCUCUAAAGGUUUUGAUUACUGGUCAUAUUUGCCCUCAUGCUAAGGCACAAUUUGUAAGAGUAUUUGUAUUGUGAUUUUUUAAGUACAAUUUUUCUGUUAAUGCAACUUUUUUUUCCCUCUGACAGUUAACUUGUAUGUUUUAUUCUGCUUGAUUUCUCAGUUUCUCUGUUUUUAGGUGAAGUUAACCAUUUGACAUAAAGCUGUCUUUUGAUAUA